CGCCACCUAGCGGAUAAAAUUUAUGAAAUCAUUUUUUCCAGAAAUGACGAAUCUCUUCAUAGACGGCAAGAAUCUAAAGAAGCAUCCAUUCCAACUGAUUGCAUGUGAGAUACAGACAUGCUUAAAAGCCAAUGAUUUCAAACAAGAACCAUGUGAAUAUACCGCUAACAACUUAGAACAAUGCUGCUAUCGCCACUUGGAUUACAAAUGGGGGUGUUGCUCUGCAUUUAGAAAACAAAUGGAACAAAAAGAAUUUGAGGAAAAGAUGAGAUCCAAAAUGGCCCAGAAAUCUAAAAAGGAAAUUAGUGAAGAUGUCGUGAAGUAAACAGAAAAACUGCCUAGCCAUUAAUAAAUAGAAUUUUGCAGUAGGCCCAGUGACAUGAUGUGAUUCAAUAGUACGGGAUUAACCCUUUGGAUUGUAUUUUAAUGAGAACUGGUGGUGCUGCUAAUCAUGAUUUUCAUAAGUCUUGAUGUUAUAGACUAUAUUACAGAAACACAAGAAUUCUCUUACCAAGUCCCUGUAUGAACUAAUUUUUGUCAAGAGAAUUAUUUCACAGCAAUUUGAAGUAAACACAGAAGUAAUACAAUAGUCAUUAUUGCUGUAUAAACUAUUAUGGCAAUUAUUUGAACACAAUAAUAAAUAUCGGCCUAUGUUCA